AUGAAGCUAUUUGGAGAAAUUGAUUCGCAUAGGAUCAAAGUCAUGGUGAAUAGUGGCGCUAGCCAUUGCUUUAUUUCAGAGCAAUUGGCACAACAACUACAGUUACCGAUCACUCCAACUAAGCCCUACUCGGUAAUAUUGGGCGAUGGAACGUCACGUCGGGCAGCGGGGCUCUGUCAGAAGGUGCCUUUGGUUUUGGACAGGGAGAGCUUUGCGGUACCAUGCUAUGUAUUUCCUCUCCGCAACAUCGACGUCAUCCUGGGGGUAUCAUGGCUCGAAACCCUCAGGUAUGUCUUGGCCAAUUGGCAGCAUUCCUCGAUGGAUUUCUCGGUCGAUGGUCGGCCCGUGUCUAUCAAAGGCGACCCGACCCUUAUGCGGCGCGCGUGCUCAACGCAGGACCUACGCUCCCUGGAGGAAGGGGACUGCUGCUGGUUCCUUCGAUCGGUGGAAAAGGAGUCAGCCCAUGUCUCUUUUGGCAUAGGCACAGACCUGUCACAGACAGCACGGUCCCAGCUGCUGCAACUCUUAACUGCCUUUCCAUCGAUUACCGAUUCAAUCGGUGGUCUGCCCCCGAGUCGCAGCGUCGACCAUCAAAUUCCGCUCCUGCCAGGUACAGAGCCAGUCUUAGUUCGACCUUACCGCUAUAACCACGCGCAGAAGGAUGAAAUGGAGAAGCUAGUAGCAGAAAUGCUGGCUUCCAGAGUAAUUCAGCCAAGUACCAGCCCCUACUCCAGCCCAGUCCUCCUCGUGCGAAAGAAAGACGGUUCGUGGCGUUUCUGCGUCGAUUACAGGGAAUUGAACAAGCGGACGGUCCCCGAUAAGUACCCCAUCCCGGUCAUUCAGGAGCUCCUCGACGAACUACAUGGCGCUAGAUGGUUCAGCAAGAUUAACUUGAAGGCAGGAUACCACCAAAUUCGAGUGGCUGCCAAGGACGUUCACAAGACCGCAUUUCGCACGCAUUCCGGCCAUUAUGAGUUUUUAGUGAUGCCGUUCGGCCUCACCAACGCCCCGGCCACAUUUCAAGGCUUGAUGAAUGACAUCUUCCUGCCAGCCUUGUGA